AUGAGAAGAUACAUCUUACUGUUGAUUUCUAUUCACCUUGCUCUUGCUACUAUUGGUAGACAUCACAGGUAAAUUAUAUUAUACAUACUUACAUACAUGUAUAAAUUCAAAGUGUAUAUUGAUCACGUGACUUUGACAGAUCGAUUAGAAUAAUGUACUCGAUUUUCAGAGAUAAUGGAUUUCUGAAUCAUGUACAAUUAGUGCAUGAAUUUCAGUGUUCUAUGCCACAACCAAGAGCUGUGCCAGUGGCAGAACUUCUAACUAUCGGUCCUAGUUCAGAUGAAAUUUUUUAUCCCGCCUCUACCGUCCUGACACGUUGUGAAGGAGCCGGAUGUUGUUCGGAUCCGAAACAGAUUUGUGCACCUAUCGAAACCAGGAACGUCAGUCUUGUUUUUAUGGUGAAACACAUGAUUGACCGACAACGUGACAGGCAUCACGAAGUGAUACAUGCUUUGGAACACACAAAAUGUGGGUGUGUCGAUAAAAGAAUUAUAAAGUUCAAUUGA